CCGCGGGCGCAGCGCAGUGCACGCUGGGUCGGCGUAGCCAUGGCGGCUCGUGUCCUUUCCUCCUGUGUCCGCCGCCUGCCCGCGGCCUUGGCGUCGCUGCCCCGGCUUCCCACGCUGGCCGCCGCCCGGCCGCUCAGCACCACGCUGCGCCCCGCGGAGACCCAGUCGAGGCCCAGGGCUCCGGGCUCGGCGCUCGCGCAGGUGCCAGGCAGAGUCACACAGCUGUGCCGCCAGUAUAGUGACGCGCCCCCGCUGACGUUAGAGGGGAUCAAGGACCGCGUUCUUUAUGUCUUGAAACUCUAUGACAAGAUUGACCCAGAAAAGCUCUCAGUAAAUUCCCAUUUCAUGAAAGACCUGGGCUUAGACAGUUUGGACCAAGUGGAGAUUAUCAUGGCCAUGGAGGACGAAUUCGGGUUUGAAAUUCCUGAUAUAGAUGCGGAGAAAUUGAUGUGUCCACAAGAAAUUGUAGAUUACAUUGCAGAUAAGAAGGAUGUAUAUGAAUAAAGUAUCAGGUACUCUGGAUGUAACACCUCAAAGAUCUUCGUGUAAAGUUGGUAACAAUACACCAGAAGAAAUACUGCACUUAUUGUGGCACUUACUGUGUCUUUUCCAGACCCCUUUCUUCACCAAGAAGAUAGAGGCGAGUGUCUGGCCGAGAAAACCAGUUUUGGCAUCAUUGCUGACAUCAACAGAGCAAUUCUGUUUAAACUUGUAUUUAAAUUGUCUAAGUUUUUGUGCCCUUUGAAAAUAAAUCUAUAAAACAAUA